AUGUUAGCGGUCAGAAUCGUAUCAACUGAAAAUGUUUCGCCAGCUCCGUCUCCGGUUGAGUAUUAUCACAUUUCUCCGUCUCCAUCCCCUUCGCCUGAAGCCGGUGAUGUCAAUCACAACAAUGUAAGUGGAAUGGAAAGUGAAAAAUCCUCUGGAGGUGGAAAGAAAGCUGGAAUUGCCUUUGGAGUGAUUGCAGCAGCGAGUAUUGUCUGCGUUGGAGGAUACAUGUUGAAGAAACGGCGAGAUAACAUUCGUCGAUCUCGAUAUGAAUACGCAGCCACUGAGUUUUUCUGA